AUGUCCAGUUCAAGACGAACUUAUUCCUCGUCAUCCUCCUCGAGAGAUUCAUCCUCCAGAAGAAGAUCUCGCAGCCCAGCUCGCUCCAGACAAGAAUACAACGACCAAAGCAGAGAUAAAUACAGACACGAUGGUAGACAAAGUGGCAGCUACCACGAUAACCGUAGUAGACAUCAUGAUAGCAACAGCAAACAUCACAGCAGCAAUCGCGGCCAUGAUUAUGAAGACGGCCGCAACAGAAGAGACCGUCAUCAUCACAACGAGGAUUUUCGACAAGAAUCAAAGCUGGAACCCAACAUCAAUGUCGUUUUGAGAAAUUUGCCAGACAGAGCAAGAGAAGUCGAUAUUGAGCGAAAAUUGAAUUCGAUGGAAGCCAGCAUCGAUGAUGUUUCUCUCAUCAAAGAUCGUGAUUCUGGUGAAUCAAGAAAGUUUGCUUUCAUUCGGUUUACAAGCGUUGGCCAUGCUAUUCAAUUUGUGGAGAAACACCGCACUUUCGAUAUGGAUUCCUACAUUGUUCGCGUUGAUUACUGCAAAAAGACAAACGUUGCUGAUGACAAGGAGGAAUGGCGUUGCACCAAGUGUGGAAAUUUCAAUCCCUGUAGUCGACGCAAUUGCCUUGAAUGUCGACAGUCCUCUUCAGCCUCAGCUGCAGAAAAGAGAACAUACGAGACAGAGGCCAUUGAAAUCAAUGAUGGCACAAAGGAUAUAUCUUCAUCCCCUAGUAAAAUGCUGCUUCUACGUCAGUUGGACCAUCUAUCUACUGAAGAAUCGAUAUACAACGCUGUUCACUCUCUUCAAGGUGUAUAUAGAGCAAUUCUGAUCAGAGACAAACUGACAAAGAUGUCAUGCGAGUUUGCAUUUGUGGAAUUUUUAGACAUCGAGUCUGCUAGAUUAGCAUUGGAUUAUUGCAGAGAGCUCUUGACAAUCGAUGGACGUAGAGCAACCGCAUCUUUUGCAAACCAAGAGAGUUUUAUACCGGUUUAUGGUCAAUCAGAGUGGUUUAUUCCCGCAGAUACGAUGGAUGGUCUCUGGGCGUAUUGGGACAAAUCAGCUUAUGCCUCACAGUAUUCAUUUGCCAUUGUGGAGGAGAGAAAACGCAAAGAGGAGGAGCAGAAAAGAAUUAAGGAAGAAGAGUUGAAGAAGGCUCAACAGGUCAAAGAAAGUUUAGAGGAUGACCUGAGUGCGUUCUAUGCAGAUAUGGGUGAUUUUGGUGCUAGUGAUGAUAUGAAAUCAGACAUAUUUGCUGUUCCAAAGUUGAAAUAA